AGAGACAGCAAAAAGCUUUAUAAAUGGGCUCCUAUUGGGACAACGUUUUCUCUCUCCCGCCAACUCCAAUGAAGCCAAGCACAUCGAGAAUGAUUCCUGCUGCUCGGCUGAGAACCCUAGCAGCCUUUAUGUGGAGACAGGUGAACUAAGAGCUGAAACUCCAAAAUUUGAUCAGACGAUGAACGUCGAGGCAGCAACAGAUGACAAAUCUCUUUGCUGCCUUUUUUCUUCCAAUCCAACUCGAUGGCGUGCCAUGGAUUUUUAUGGCACUUCUGGUGCUCAUAGUUUUGGUCCUACUUCUCCUCAGAAAUCGUACGUUUGCAAUGGAAUGGAUGGCAAAUAA